UCCCAACUCAAGAGGAUCAUUGGGUUAUCUUUAAAUAGCCGGAGGAUUGUUGGGUUUUCUGAGAUUUUUGGAAUGGCUUGCGUUGGAGCUGGUUUGAUCGGGGGCAGUGGGUCGUCCUGGAAUCUGUUGAAGGAUAAUAAGGCGAGGAGGAAGAAGAUGGUGAAUGAUAAGAGGGGGAUGGUUUCUUGUGUUGCUUCUUCUUCUUCUGUGAUGGAUCCUUACCGGACCUUGAAGAUUCAACCUGGUGCCUCUGAAUCUGAGGUCAGGAAGGCUUUCAGACAACUUGCUUUGAAGUAUCAUCCAGAUGUAUGCAGAGGAAACAAUUGUAGAGUUCAGUUUCACCAGAUCAAUGAAGCCUAUGAUAUUGUUAUGAGCGAUUUGAGAGGAGAGACGACGACUCCAUCGCAGAUGUAUGAGACGUACGACGAAGGGGAUGACGAGCCGAUGAGGGGAAUGAACGAUCCAGAUUGGGACAUGUGGGAGGAAUGGAUGGGAUGGGAAGGAGCUGGAAUUAGGGACUACACAUCUCACAUUAAUCCUUAUAUUUGAAGGGAAAGUUGUAAUUAAUCAAUCGAUACAUGGGUUUAAAGCAAAAUUAGUCCCAUUGCAACCUAAAAAUGGUUGUUCUUGUAUACAUGAUGGAACUGAGGAUCUAGUUGUCCUUUUUGUACAUAGCUCUCUGAAGCCGAGCAAUGCCUUGGCAAAUCAAAUGAAGAGUGUCGAGAUUUCUCGUCUUACUA